AUGAGUAUAGAAGACGUAGAGAGUAAAAUACUCAGUUUGCUGGAAAGUAGAGAAAAAGCAGAAACAACGGAAAUAGAUGGAGAGUACAGCGUAAUAAUAGGAGCAGUGAAGAGGCUAGAGUCCUUUGAAAGAAUAAAAAGCACUCCUGUUCAGUGCGAGAGCAUAUCCACCACAGAAGAAGGAGCAGAGAUAGUAAAGUACGGCUCUCCCGAGCACAUUCUGCACUCUCUACUGGAUGCCCCCUUAGACGAUGAAAAGAUCCAAGAGAUGCUGCAGAAGACAGAACAGUUCAAGAAUAAAGAAAGCAAGGAGGUGGUUGAGUUUAUAAAAAAAGGAAAAAAUAACGGCCUAAGAAUGAAAGUGCUAAAGAUGAACAACAAGAAGCUAGAGAGAAAUAGUGGCACAGCCACUGACACAACCCGGCACAAUCUGCAGAACAUCAGCACACUGAGCAGCGAUGAAGUGUCUGAGCUGAAGAAGCGCAAGCUAGUAACACAAAAGAAAAUAACACACUACACUGUAACAAAAGGAGAGAGGUACCACAUAAAAGAAACAGCACCAAGUGACAUAACGGUAGAGAUGAUAAAUAGUAUGGAGGUGGUGGACAAUUUAAAGAAGUACAACUUUAACAUUGUAGCAGUGCCUGCAAAGUACGGAGGAUCAUUGCAUCCUCUUUCUCUGCAGAGAGACAGAGUAAAACAAAUAUUUCUGCACAUGGGAUUUGAAGAGAUGGAUGCAGGGAAGUACAUCGAGUCGUCUUUCUGGAACUUUGAUGCUCUCUUCCAGCCGCAGAGACACCCCUCGAGAAACGAACAAGACACUUUCUUCAUGGCAGAUCCAGCAGCUGCAGCAGACCCAGAUGCAGAGUAUCUAGAGAAAGUCAAAAGAGUCCAUACGGUGGGAGAGUAUGGGUCGCUAGGAUACCAGGCGCCCUGGAGCCUUGAUGAGUCGAGGAAGAAUGUGCUCAGAACACACACAACAGCAGUGACAACAAGAUUGCUCUACAAAAUCAUGAAAGAAAAAAAGAGUGAUGACAUAAACUAUUCUAGGAAGUAUUUCUCAAUUGACAGAGUGUUCAGAAACGAGACACUAGACGCAACACACCUAGCAGAGUUCCACCAGGUGGAGGGAAUAAUCAUGGGAAGAGGCUUGACAAUAUCGCACCUAAUGGGGUUCAUGGAAGAGUUCUUCAAACAGCUCGGAAUAAACAAAGUAAAGUACAAGCCAGCAUACAACCCGUACACCGAGCCCAGUCUGGAGGUGUUUGGAUACCACGAGGAAAUGCAGAAGUGGAUGGAGAUAGGAAACUCCGGGCUGUUUAGGCCAGAGAUGCUUCUUCCCAUGGGCUACCCAGAGGAUGUCCGUGUAAUUGGAUGGGGCAUUUCCCUAGAAAGGCCUGUCAUGAUAGACAGAAAGAUGAAUAACAUACGAGACCUCGUUGGGCACAAGGUAGACCUGUCCUUCAUAAGAAACGGAUUGUUCAAGCAGAAAUAG